AUGAGCAACAUAUCACAAUACCGACACCAAAUUGGAAGCGUACCUAUACUGCAGUUCCUACCCUCCGCAAUAGUCAUACUCCCGCCUGCCUGGUCGCCAAACAUGGUAGCCGGUCAACUCCAAGAACCCGAACCAAUGCCUCUAUACGUUCUUCUCGCUCUCGUUAUUGGCAUAUGUUUCUACUUCUUCUUCAUAGGUACCGCUGCAGUCAGGCUUUGGUUCUAUAAGGGCGCUCUCGGUCCUGCGCCAGAGAAGUUCCUCGUUGUCAAGAUCGAGCAUGAGGAUGCACAGCAACAUGCUCCGAUGGUCGACAACCACAGCGGAGCCGGCACACACAACAAUGCCAUGAAGCACCGACGCAUGACUGUCUUCACACAUGCCUCAUUAUCAGCCCUAUCGGACGACACCGCUCAUACUACCGCGCUCGAACCAUAUGGUUUCUCACAAGCAACGACGAUGGUGAAUCUCCAAGAUAUCGAUGAGGAAGAGCUAUCCUCAUUCACGAAUCCUGGGACCCGCGCCUAUAUAGCAGAAGAAUGCCGCUUGUCCCGCAUGCCUGCCUUUGACGCAGAUGACUGCGGAAACGGCGACUACUUCCCCGACCUCCCUUACACAAACAACCCUAUCGAAUCUACUUCUGCUUGCUCCGACUAUCUCCAACCCUCACAACUACGGCUUAACUCAAUGGACCGGCGCGACUGGCUAGCCAUUGAUGAACACUACAUUGAGUACCACGCCGCGCGCACUCACCUCCUGUCGCGCAACCGAUCAUCUUGUAUACACGUCACUCCCGACGGCGAAUCCGCGUGUCGCGAGCUGCUGCAAGAAGUUGCCUCCUACCUCGUCGAACAGCACCCUAACAAAUUCAGCUUCAAGACUAAACAUCGUAGGAAGCAUAUUCUGAAUGAACUGAUAAGAGAAGAUUUCGAUUUAGAAGGUGGAUUGGAGGCACAUCCAUUGGAGGUUGUAGCGAGACUGUGCGGAGAAGAUUUUAUGAUCUGGGAGAGAAGUGAGAGUACUAGGAUGUGGUACUUACAAGCCAGUACAGCGCUCUUCCCUUCCGGGUAUAUCAUAACAUCCUACAUGGGAAGACCAGUCAAUGUCAUGGUUCGUGGUGAUGCAAACGGGAGACCGCCAAUGUUGUCUUGGUCCACUUUGCCAUCCAUACUGACCCUCGACCUUCCUACAUUAUCCCGAUAUUCCCACACCGGUCCUCUAUCCCUCCAACAAAUUUUCAUUCAAACUCGUCCUCCUCGAUGCUCUCUAGCCUCCACACUCCACAUUCUCCGGCCCAUGGAUUUCUUUGCCGGAAACAUAGCAAAUCUUCACCCUUCUGAGCUACUCGUUCGUACCGAGACGCAAAUGUUUGCGCGUCUACCUAAAUCGAGUGCUGUGGUUGUAACAACACGGACGAGUACUGAGACGAUGAGCGACAUGGUUGAAAGAAUGAAUGUGUGGGAGAAAGAAGCCUUUCUGAAGACAGUGAAUGGGUGGGGGCCUGAGGAAGCGAGGUUCAAGGGGAGAGAGUUGUGGAUUGGGGUUGUGGAACGGUGUUUGAAAGGUCAGAUAGCAGCCACGCUCAACGUUGCCAACAUACCUACCUUCACACGUAUCGUGACUACCACCAUGGUUACUCCCACACUCGCUACAGUGAUACACAACACUUCGUCGACAAACACCACCCUAUUUCCCACCAGCACCACCCCCACAACCCUCGGUAGUCAACAAACUUUCCCAUCCGAACACGUUCAAAAUACCCAAGGCGACUGUCGCCCUCAAGUCCCAGGCUACGGCCCUGUACCAGAAGAAGACAACGUGUCGUCCUUUUACACGUCUCCAUUAAUUCGUACUCCCGCUCUAGAGGCUACCACACCCCAUGGCUAUGCCCUCACCUUUUGUGGGGCGAAUGCAUCAUAUGUCGGCACGAACUACCUUGGAUAUCACGAACUUGAAGCAUACAGUCCAAUUGAGUGUGCGAGUAGAUGUCUCAUGUGGGGGAGAUCUAGCCUAGACGGCGAGCCAGAGGUUUCAUCGACCAUUCUGUUCCCAAACGGAUUCGACUACUCCGCUACACCUACCAGCACAUCCACGUUACGUGCGCAGAUGUGCAACAGCUUCAAUAUCUAUUUUGAGCGCUCUCCAUCUAUCAAUCUGGGAGAGGAGUGCCAGGACGCGAAUAGUCGCACUAUCGUUAAAUGUGCACUUUGGGGCGAGGGCAAUAUGCGCGAAGAGGGUGCGACAAAUACAGGCUACAAGAACUGGGAAUUCGAAAUUGCUGUCGCAGGAAGUAAUGGGUAUGUUUUGGGUAUGGAGAAGGAAAAGAGCAAUGAGGUGAAUUCAAAGACUUCUGAGGGGGAGAAGAGUGUCAAGAUGGAUAUGGUUGCAGCGUUCAUGAAG